AUGUUGAUUGCCGGGUCGGCCUCCAAACGCUUUGAGAAAGUUUUCAUCUCGUAUUUCUCGCUCUUGUGUCGAGAAAUGUUCUUACGCAGCUUCUUCACUCGAAUUUUCGUGCUUGAGGAGCUUCUUAAACACAUUCGAGACUUGAUAUUCCGCGCUAAAGAGGAUCCGCAUCACCUUGUUACGAUCCGAGCGAAGCUAAACCAAGCUACGAACGACCUUAUUCUGUUUACAGACACGCUAGGAUACCUUCUCGAGUCGCUGGAAUUUGUCAAAAUUCCUCAAAAAUCACCCAACGCGAGUGAAGAAGAAGAGUCAAUCUUCAGCUACCUCGAUCUCAAGAAACAGCACCACGAUAUUUUACUGCGAGCUCGCGAUUUAGAGAAACUUGUACACGGUGCAAAAUAUGAGAUAGUUAACUUACGACAGAUGGCAGAAGUGCUCAACACCUCGGAACUCGAAGAUAUCUUCAAGACUGUCGAGGGCAAUACCAAGGCGCUUGCGGACUCUUCCUUAACGGUGGAACAUUGCGGCUCAUCGCUUGAAUUGGUGCAAGUGCUGCUUGCAGGAAGCUUCGCCUUUACCCUCCUGGAUAGGAUUCCAGGAGGUAGUUUGAAUGUGGAUAUGCCCGAGUGGGUGGAGACAGCGAACACCGUUCGGUUCAAGUAG